AUGUCGAAACCGUCCAGCUUGUUCACCUCCUAUACUGACGCCGCCAGCACCUACUGGCCGCCCGGCUGGAACUUCCAGCGGUAUGCCCACGCCACGCCCGCGGACAACGCCGCGCUGUCUGACGAGGAGCGUGCCAAGAUGCAGGCCGGCUUCCGCGAAGCGCUCGGCGAGGACGGCGUUAUGGAGAUGGCCCGCGUCGUGUGGCAGGAGCAGCUACGCCGCAUGAAGCUCGAGAAAGAGUCUUCUUCUUCUGUCGCCGCCGCGCCAUCAUCGUCGUCUGCGCAGAAGCAGCAGCAGCAGCAGCAGCGACGGCCUCCGCCACCUCCCCCCGACUGGCUCAAGACUUGGCGCAAACGGGCGGGCGGCGGGGCCUGGGGCUUCGUCGCCUUCUAUACUUCCAGUGCUGUCGCCACCAUGUCGGAGUCGGACGUGGCUAAAUUCCACACACAUGCACGGGAGAUGGCGGAGAUUCCGAUCCAGAAGGCGUUACAGGAGGAAGGGCAGCCGGUCGAGGAGAUCGCCGAGGCGCGACGCUUGUUCGAGAUCCGCUGGGUCGAGGUGGACGACAAGGGCGAGGAAGGAAAGGGAGAGGCGGGGACGGGACGAGACUGGGUUGACAAGGCGCGCGCCAGUUAUCGUGCCAUGCGCGAGUCUGGCGACCUCCCGAUGGGUCUUGAUCUGCCCGUCUUCCUCUGCGCAUCACCCGCCGCCAUGGCCUCGGUGCUGCGGACGUCGCCGGCGAAAGUAAAGGAGGCGCACGAGGGGAAGUCGCGUUGGCGAUUCGGCGACGUCCCGUUCCUGCUGGUCGCGGCCGCGGAGACGGAGCAGGGGAUCGUCGAGGACGACGACGAAGAGGAAGAAGAAACCAAGGUUGGCGGUGGGGAAAGAAGCUGGUUCAAGCCCGUUUUCAAAGCGGCCGCCGAGGUGCUGGUGGACGAGCUUUGGUGCGUCGUCGCGGAGCAGAUGAUGCCGCUGGGCCAGAUGACGAGGUUCGUUCGGGGCGCGACGGUGGCUGAAGAGCAUGUCACGACGACGGGAGAAGAGAGGCAAGGGGAGGUGGUUGAGGAGCCGGGCCAUGACGACGACGGGCUGGAUGACAUUUGGUGGACAGUUCACACGCCGCCGCGUCUGAUGAGGAAGAGGCGGAGGGUAUGA